AUGUUCACCUUCACGACCGUCUGCCACAAAACUAGCGAUACCCAGCACCCGCUCGUGAUGCUUCACACGCGAGAGGGCUCGAAGUUUUUAUUUGGAAAGGUGCCAGAAGGCACUCAGCGAACGCUUAACGAAAACAGCAUGAGACUCGGGAAACUCAAGUCUGUGUUUAUGACAGGCAACUUGCAGUUCUGGUCUGAGAUAGGCGGGCUUCCAGGCCUCUUUUUGACCACUUCCGACGCCACCAGCCGAGGUCUUGAUGUGUUUACCAACAGCAAAAGCGUGCUUUCGUAUAUUGUGGCUACAUGGCGCUACUUUGUGUUUCGCCGUGGCAUCGAACUCAACAUUUUGGAGCCCCACGCGGGCCAGGUAAUUGGCGACUCGACCGUGAUGCUCUUUCCGGUGAAAAUCGACAGCGAUUUGCCGAAAAAACUGGUCUCUGAAGAGGCCGUGGCGGUCUUCCAGCGCCAGCUCUCGAAAAUCACCUCCUUGAUGUUCCCAAAGGACACUUCCAAGGCCAACAGCGACGACCCAGACUCCUAUAAACUGGAUCCGUCCGAAACAGAGGCCCAAACGCAUGUAGCCCUCCCGGACCCAUCACAGUCCUUGCAUCUCCACAACCAGCCGUCGCUUUCGUACGUGAUUCGUUUUCUCCCCGUCAGAGGCAAAUUCAACCCGAAAAAGGCCAUGGAGUUGGGUGUUCCUCGAGGAGUCGCUUUCAGAGAACUCACCCAGGGCCAAAGGGUCCAGAGCACAGACGGAUCGUGGGUCGAGCCCGAGCAGGUUUUGGAGGCGCCCUACACGUUCAGAAAAGCCGUGAUUAUAGACAUUCCCAACCAGCAUUACCUCCAGAACACCAUCGACAACGAGGAGUGGUUCCGCAGGUCCGAUUCACAUGGACACGAGGAGGUCGGACUAGUGUACCACUUUUUGGGCGACGACAUCGACUUCACGCUGGAGGCGUAUGUCAAUUUUAUCAAUAAGUUCCCAGCAGACUGCAAGCACGUCAUCAGCCACAAGCUGGUGUGUGACGAUUCGCUUGUUUUCACGACAUCCAUCGUUCACCACAUGAAGCUCAAGUGCUUCCUGAACGACAAUUUUUGUCUUCCGUACCACGACACGAAAAACGGGCCAAGUUUGCCCAAUUCGGUCGGUCUCAAGAUGCUUCAGAACUUCAACGUUGCGUCUACGGGAAUCGAGCUUGACGAGUCCAAGGUGGCCAGCGACUCCUGGGCGACGCUUUACAACAAACACAUUGCCGAUCUGGAAAUUGCAGCCGACUUGGAGUCGCUUUUGAGCAAGCAAAUCAUCCUGUUGGACCCGGUCGAAAACGCACAAUCGUUGAAGGACCAUGUUCAGGUUUUCACCGUGGGAACAGGAUCGGCUCUUCCGGCUAUUUACAGAAAUGUUCUUUCAAACCUCGUCAGAGUUCCUUACAAGACGGAAACUGGCGAGAUCAAAUUCACCUCGGUCAUUCUAGACGGCGGUGAAAACACCUUGGGCACGAUGUUGCGGAUGUUCAGCCACAACAACGGCGAACAGAUGCAGCAAAUCUUAACAGAGCUCAAGCUUAUUUAUCUCAGUCACCUCCACGCCGAUCACCAUCUCGGGCUCGUUUCGGUGAUCAACGCAUGGUUCGAAACCAACAGACACAACGACGCCAAGUUGUUUUUGAUCUUGCCGUGGCAGUUUGACCACUUUUUGAAUGAGUGGUACAAGCUCGAAAAGCAAUUUUCCAGCAUCGAUCUCAGCCGGCUCGUCUACAUCAGCAACGAGGAUUUCCAUGCUCGCCGUGAAAGCGAGUUUCAACAAGCGGAUAUUGCCGAUUUCGAAAAAGCCUUUGAUGCGGGCCAGUUGAACGUGGCAAUCCCCCGUAAGAAGCUCGGCCCGCUUCCUGAAGAGCGUAUUCGUGAGCUCUACGAUGCUGUUCAUCUAGAAAAAGUGGAAACCGUCCGGGCCAUCCACUGCUACUGGGCGUACUCGGUGAACAUGACAUUCAGACUUUCCGAGAACGAAACGUUCAAAUUGUCGUUUUCCGGAGACACCCGCCCAAACCCCAGCUUCUUCAAAACGGGACAGGGCGCCGAUUUGCUCAUCCACGAGGCCUCGCUCGAAGACGAUCUUAUAGAAGAGGCACUCGCCAAAAAGCACACCACCACCACGGAGGCCGUGAGAAUGGCACAGCUCAUGCGGUGCCCCAAGGUUCUCCUCACCCACCACAGCACCCGAAAUUCCGAAAAACACACCUUCAUCAGGUCCUGUCAGCAAUACGAGCAGCAGUGCCAGAUGCUCGACCGGUACCUCGGCGACGUCCUGGAGAACAUUGUCAAGCACAAGGUGGACCCUGAAUUUGGUUUUGACGACAUGGACGUGUGCUACGCCUACGACACGAUGUCGGUUCGGUACCAGACGUUUGGGUUCCAGAAGCCGCUCUUUGACAGCAUCACGGCACUUUCGCCCGGAGAAGAAGGCGAGCGACAGGUCAAGGACCGGCUCAAGAUGAUGGACAAGCGGCAGCAAAAAAGAGAAAAACGGCUUCACUACAAGAAGAUGAAGGUGCAGGGCCGACCCUAA